AUGAGUACUCAACAUACAUACUUGUCCUGGACAGAUAAUACACAUAAUCGACUUCGUAUUGAACCGAAUACAAGUGGCAUAUAUAUAGAUAAAUGUUAUAAACAAUUAAAAUAUCUAAUAGCUACAUGUUCAUUAACAAAUCGAUAUUAUAAUCAACAAUAUAAAUGUCAUUCUGUACAAUCAUCUUAUUUACAGAAAAGAUUAAAACGAAAUAUUGAUGAUAAAUCUAAACGUACAUCACAUAUACUUCUAUCAUUAAUUAUUGGAAUAUCAUGUUUUUUAAUUGGAUUUAUAAUUGGUACUGUUAUUACUAUUAUUAUUUCAAUAAAAAGACAACAAAGACAAGAACAACAACUUAAUGUUGGCAUUAGAUCUUUAAAUAUCAACAAUGAAUUUUCGAAGAGAUCAAAUCAAAACAAAGGACUUAUAAAAACUCCUACGUUUAACUCAACUUCUGAUCAUAUGUUCAUACAACGAGAACGAGAAAUAUCUGAUAAUACACCUCGAUAUCAAACACUACAAGAUCAAUCAUUAAAACAAGAACGAAAAUUAGCGAUCCAACGACCAUUUCUUUCAAACUUUUCAUAUAUCAAAUCACCUAUACCACAUAAUAAUAUAUCUGGUACAUUUUCAAAAAGUAAAAUUCCAUUAAAACAACAAUAUCAAGUGUCGAAAAAUGUUAAUAAUAAUAUAGAAAAUAAUAUUAUGCGUGAUGAACGUUCAAAAUCUUGUUAA